GGUUGGACUAUGAACGUACCAAAAUAACUUGCUUUACUCAAAACGCAUUGACUGAAUGCCUCAACUUAAUACCUCCAUAAACAGUUUUGUAAAGACAAAGAGGGAUUGUUCCUACUUCAGAAAACGUAUUUCGGUUGAGGAUCGGCUGUUGUUUGUACGAAGACGGCAGGUUUUUGGGGGAGCCGGACACCACUACUUAGCCAUGAGCUCACACAGUAGCUUCGGAAGCAACAUGCUGUUCCAGACCAUGAAUGAAGACCUGAAUGCAUCCAUGGCCACAGCAGAUGAGCUGUCCAGAGAAUUUAACUCUCUCCUGCAGGAUGUCGCUCCCAGUGACCCACCAGUGUAUAAGUCUGCCAGUCAGUCCAGUUCCUCCAGUACCACUCCUGUCAUCUCCAGCCCCACCCCUUCCAUCUAUAGCCCCACCCCUUCCAUCUAUAGCCCCACCCCUUCCAUCUCUAGCCCGACCCCUUCCAUCUCUAGCUCCACCUUCAGAGAGACGAGUGUUGGCGGUGGCACCAAUAGCACUUUGAUGCCCUACUCUACCAACUCCGGCUCCCGGGAUUCCCUCAACUCCAGCACUAGGAACAGGCCUUCGUCCCCCAUGUUCCCCACCCACCAGCUCACUCCACCUCAGGUCCGUAGAGACAUCUACUCCACUUCCCCUUGCCCUGGUUUUGACUCCGCCUACUCCUGUGGUCAGAUGACCCCUCCCAACCUAUCCCCUCACACCCAGAGGCGCACGCAGCCUCACAACAGGAGCCCCUCCAGCUCUCUCAGUUACAUGGAAACAGGCUCCUCCUCCUCCAUCGCCAAAAUUCCUUCCUAUGACCAAUCAUAUCGGACCACGGCACACCCCUCCCCCACUCUGUUGGCCCCGUAUGACCCUGCCCAAAUGGGACGCAGGACGUCGCAGCCAGACAGAAGCCCUUCCCCUAUUCGCUUCAGCCAAUCAGCAUCCAGCACUCUGCCCCGGAACUUUGUCCCAUUCAAAUCGCCUGAAGAUAGUUUGCAGAGGCCAAAGAACCCUGCCAAGUGGAAUGAGACAGAUCUGGACAUGUCAUAUGAGAACAAAACACACAACACCUAUGAUAAGACUGAGUGGAUGAGGCCGUUGGUGCCAAACAGUAACUGGAGAGAGUCCAACCUCGAUGGCCCUCCCCUUUCCUCGAAAAAGGAAUCCCUUCCUUUCUCCCCCCACGGCCCCUACGCAUCUCUCCCACGCAACACCCGUAUCUCGGUGCCCCCAGACCACAACUCCUCCACCCAGUCCCCCUACCACCCCCCGCCCAUCAUCUCCCGCAUAUCCAUCCCCCCCAUGGCCCCCAAGUCCCGGCCACGUCGGCCCAUCCCCCUGUCUGUCAUCAUGAGGCUGCAGAACCCCCACUGGGCCUCAGCCUCCACACGCCACCCCAGUGCCAUGGAGUGUGUGGCUGAUACGGGCCUCUACCGUCAGCUCCAUUCUCAGUUCCAUCCCCAGGCCCAGCCCCUGCCCCAGCCUCUGCCACGAGAGUACCUCCAGCAGCUCCAGCCUCGGCCCCAGCAUCCAGAGCAGAGGCAGCCAGCGUACAACGGAGAAGUGCUGAACCCUGGGGAUGUAGACGCUGAGUUGGAGAGGCUGGAUCCCCAGCAGCGGCCCCCAGUUUCAGCCCCUCCUGUCUCUGAGGGUGGGGUCAAAGCCCCCGCCCCCCGGCCUCUCAGUCCCACGCGGCUGCAGCCGGUGGUGGACCCCCAGGCCCAGGACCAGGUGAUUCCUGACCUGGAGGAGCUGCUCCGCAUCCGGGCCGAGAUCCCCCGCGCCCUGAAGAGGCGGGGCUCCAUGGACCAGUCCCAGCCCCUGAAGCAGCCCAGCGUCCAGCCCUCCACCCAGUAUAAGCAGAUCAUGAACAAGCUGUUCCACAGGAAGCGCCUCCACUUCAAGGGGGAGGCGGGGAGUGAGACAGGCAGCUCGUCCGAGGGAGAGGAGAGCUCCAGCCCCUCGUCCCCAGAUCCAGCCCCCAUCACCAGCACCCCCAUCCCUGAAGAAUACAGGGGUUACCAUUCGAUUCUGCGACGCUCCAGUCGUGAGCGUAAGAGCUCCGGUCGCAGAGCCCGGCUGAGCCCCCUUGUCCUCCUGCUGGACGGGUCCCUGGUGGGGGAACUGGAGACAGUGCAGAGGGCUGUGCAGGAGAUGAGUGAUCCCAGCCAGCCUAACGACGAGGGCAUCACCGCCCUCCACAACGCCAUCUGUGGAGGGCACUACAGCGUGGUGGACUUCCUGGUCCGCAUCGGCGCCAACGUCAGCGCUCCCGACAGCCACGGAUGGACCCCCCUACACUGCGCCGCCUCCUGUAACGACCGCCCGCUGUGCGAGUUCCUGGUGAGGAACGGUGCGGCCGUCAUGGCCGUGACGGAGAGCGACGGAGCGUCCUCCUCGCAGAAGUGUGACCCCUACGCUGUGGGCUUCGAGGAAUGUGAGAGCUUCCUGAGGGGUGUGGAGGAAGCCAUGGGGCUGGAGAACAGUGGGGUGGUGUACGCCCUGUGGGGCUACUCCUCCAAGGCUCCAGACGAGCUGAGUUUCAAAGAAGGAGACAUGGUGACCAUUCUGCAGAAGCCAGAGGGGGUGGACUGGUGGUGGGCCUCGCUCUGCGGCCGAGAGGGCUUCAUCCCAAACAACUACUUUGGGCUCUUUCCCAAAGUUCGUCCUAAAUCGCUCUGCUAGCUCAGCGAGAGGAUGUGGCUGAAGAAGAGCUCUACCUGUCGCCAAAGAGAACCUUAUCAACAGCAUAUACGCCUAAUCAGAGAGAAAUAUUCUGGUUAUCUUUUUGUUGUGCUAGGCCAUGGUACAAGCAUGUCUUUAUCAAGGUCAAAUCAAAUCAAAUUUAUUUGUAUAGCCCUUUUUACACGCAAGCAUGUCACAGAGGGCUUCACAUGCACCCA